UACAACAACAACAACAACAACAACAACAACAACAACAACAACAGAAUCAACAACAACAACAACCGAAUCAAUUAGCAGAUUUUUCAAUAGAUAGAAUGUUUGAAAAAAUGAAUAACAAUAACAAUGAUAAUUCUUGGGUUCAAUUUGAUGAUCAACAAACAUCAGAUCAGCAACAAUCAUCGUUACCUACAACGAUAAAUUCAUUGAAAACCAUUGAUAGUAAAUCAGUUGUUGUUAAUGAUGAUGGUGAUGGUGAUGAUAAUAUCAAUAAAAGUGCAAUACGAUUAAAAUCAUCAAAUUCUUCAGCUGAAAAUAAUCAACAAAGUCAACAACAACAACAGCAACAAUUUGCAACCAUUGAUCUUUCUGCUAAUAGUACAACUCAAGUUCUUCAGAUUAAUGGUGGUAAUAGUGGUGGCAAUGGUGGUGGCGGUGGAAAUAGUACAAAUAUUGCUGGUAGUAGUAGUAGUAGUAGUAAUUUAACAAAAUCUAAUCAUUCAAAUACAUCUAGUUCCGUUUUGAAUAUUCCAAAAUCUGGUUUCAGCAAUGGUGAUAUUGUUGUUACAUUAUAUCCAUUGAAUAAUAAUUGUGCAUGGUUAACACCGGCCACAUUUAAAGCACAUCUUGUACCAGAAGAAUUGAUGGCACAACCAUUGACUUUAACAGUUGAAGAUUAUGUAUCAACGAUGAGCAUUUUACUUAGUGAUUAUCGUUUUCAUUUAUAUAUAACAUUACAUAAAAGAAUAUUAGCAUUAUGGAUUACGUUGAGCAUCAUUGUAUUGUUGGGCAUUUUAGCAUCAGGUACAAAAGGUUUAUCAAUAUUUUUAUCCGGAAUCAUGUGGCUAGUAUUGAAUGCAUUGGGUAUAUUUUUGGUCAUAUUCAUUAAAUCUCGGCUUUACAGAAUGCUUGAAGAAUGUUUAUCACAAAUAAAUUCCAUAUUUGGUCGCCACAAUAUUUUUCUUGGCAUCGAUGAUCGUGGUCAUUUUAGUUGCCAUAAAAUUAAUUUAAUUUUUGUAUAUUUUGAUCCAAAAUAUUGUAUUAAAUUUUUACAAGACAUGUUAAAAAACAACAACAAUAAAGAUUUACAAACCACAAAGCAUCAGCAUCAAAACAAUCGAAAUCAACAAAAUAUCGAUACAUCAAUCUUGGAUGGCAAUAGUGGUGACAAUAGAUUUAUUGGCGAUGAUGAUAACAUUUAUAUAACUGGUUCUAGUGGUACAAGACAAAUAUCACAAAAAGAAAAACAAGCCGAAAAACUUUUAUAUCGAUAUUCACAACGAUGGAUACGUGAAUUUGGUAGACAACGUAUGUCAUUAUCUAUUAUUCAACCACAACCGGAACAAUCAUCAUCAUCAUCAUCAUCAUCAUUACAGCCACAACAACAACAACAACAACAAUCAAAUAAUUCAAACCAACAGCAACAGCAACAGCAGCAGCAACAAUCGAUAAAUAUAACCAUACCAUCAUCAACCGAUAUACCACCAAGACAUUGUAGACAGGCAAAAUGUUUUUGUCAAUUUAUUGAAGAAAUGUAUCGUGGUAAACAACAACAACAACAACAACAGCAGCAACAAUCAUUUGGAAAUUUUUGUCUGACAUCAUUUUUACCAUGUAUUUCAAUGAUUCCAUCAUUUUGUCGAUGAUUUAUGUACAAAAAAAAAAAAAAAUUUUUCUUUUCAACUCAAA